CGAAUUUCAAAAAUUACAUUUAUAUUUUCAGAUUUUCAUUUAAAAAUGUCUUCAAUGGCUUUUGACGGAGAAGCACCGGAGACUGACGAUGAAAUUGAAGAGGAAAAUUAUGGAAAAUCUGAACAACAAGAGAAAAUCACGAUUAAAGAGCAAAUUCCGGUCGACAAGAAGCUUGAGAAGCAUUGGACGCUCGCCGCAACGGAAUUAAUCAAUAGUUGUUACAAGAGAUCCGCGAAUCAGGAGAAAACGAUGCAAAAAGUGACGGAAUCCGCGGCAGAUUGUUUCACAUCGAUGCAGAACGUCGCCGCCAAAUUGAACGUGAUUCACACGAAUGUGACGAGGCUUGAGGAUUCGGUGGCCGAUCUGCUGGAGGCUUCGCAAUUGAUUCCCAAAAAUUUAUCUAAUUUUGAAUUGAAUAUUCCCGAAUUUAUUUAAUUUUACUUUAUUCUGCAGAAUUCUGUACAUAAAUAAAUUAUAAAUUAUUAC